AUGAGUUCACAAUCAAUAACAAAUGAUUCUUUGAAAAAUAAUAAUAAAGAUAAAGAUAUAUUUGAAAUUGUUCAACAUAUAUUCGCAUUCUAUUUAAUUCCCAUUGUUUGUUUACCCGGUCUCAUUGGAAAUAUUUUAUGUAUUUGUAUAUUUUUAUCAAAUACAAUGAAACGUUUUUCUACAACAAAAUUUUUACUCUUUUUAACUAUUUCUGAUACAUUUAAAUUAUCAAAUGAUUUACUCUAUUCUCUUGUAUUAAUUAUACAAUCUAUACAUUCUGAAUUUGGAAAAAAAUUAUUUCAUAUUCUUUAUCGAUAUUGUCAUUAUAUUAAUCAAUGUGUUACACUUUGUACAGCUUGGUUAACAUUAACAUUAGCCAUUGAAAGUUUACCAGUAUCAAUGCGUUAUGAAUUAGUUAAAAAUCAGGUAAAUAAUUUAACUAAUGAAACUAAUGAAAAAGUACAAUCAUUACAAUUAACAACAUUUGGUAAAAGUUAUUAUUUUCGAAUAUAUUCAAUGACCAUUGAUAUUAUCCGUGCCAUAAUACCAAGUCUUCUACUUAUUUAUAUAAAUUCAAGAAUUGUUUAUUUAUUAUGUCGAAUGAAAGAUGGAAUAUUUAGUAAAGAACAAAAAAGUUCACAAGAAGUAUUUUAUCGUUUAACAAUUAGUUUAAUUAUAAUUAUAUUCUGUUUUAUUAUAUCUUAUUUUCCUGAUGCUUUAUUAUCAUUAAUAUUGAAUAUGGGUUAUAUUGAAGAAGCUUAUAAAAAACGUGCUAUUCGAGAAAUAACGGAUUUUUUUAUAACAUUAAAUUCAGCAACAAAUUUUAUUAUUUAUUUUUGUAUAUCUUAUACGUUUAGAUAUGCACUUAUUCGAUUAGUAGGAUCAAAAAAAACAUAUUCUACACCAACAGAUCCAAGAAAUGUGCAACAACCAUUGAUAUUGUUAAGAUUUGAUCGAAUUCAUUUACGUUUAGCUGAUACAGAAAAUAUCACUGAUGUCAACAAUCCAUUCAAAACCUAUCAGCUUAAUGGUGAAGAAAAUAUCACAGAUUCAAUAUCAGUAUCAAUAAAAGACAAACUGAAAAAUUAUACAACAACAAAAGCACUCAUGAAUUUGAUCACAUUUUUUAUUCAAGGUUAUCUAACGUCGAAUAGUGAAAUCAUAUAUGAGAACUAUCAAAGUGUGCCAUUGUACGUACAAUUAAAAACAAAUACAUUGAUGUCAACAACACCAGGAAUUUUAACUAGGCCACCUCAAUCAACGUUAACUUCAACACCUUCUAUUUUUCUGUCAACGACACGACAUACAACACGGCUUACUUCAACAACAACAUCGGCAUAUCCAAACGGAGUGAUUCAUACAUAUACACCACAUUUUUCAUGGCCCAGUGUGCAAAAUACAAUCUCUUACCUUCUAUGGGUGAAUGAUUAUGAUAUUCCGAAUGUGGGAGGAAGAAUUAAUAAUCUAUAUUCCCCCACAGAAGCAAAUUGUCCAACUAAAAACGAUGUAUUUUGUAAGGUGAAACCUUUCGUUCCAUUCUCAGAGAAUGGAGGUCAGUGGUGGAUAACAGCACAUUUCAAUAAUGGACAACGUCCAUUAGUAGUUAUUGACGGAAUAUUAUUUACAAUUGAACGAAAAACAAGAUUAUUUCCCGAUGGAAUCAUUGAUACAUACACACCAUAUUUUUCAUGGCCAAAUACACCAGACACAGUCUUUUAUCGUCUAUUUGUAAAUGAUUAUGAUAUUCCGAAUGUGGGAGGCAGAAUUAAUAAUCUAUAUUCCCCCACAGAAGCAAACUGUCCAACUCAAAACGAUGUAUUUUGUAAGGUGAAACCUUCUGUUAGAUUUUCCAAAAAUGGAGGACAAUGGUGGAUAACAGCUUUUUUCGCUAAUGGACAACAAUCGAUAAGCGUUGUCAAUGGAAUAUUUUUCACAAUUCAAUAA